AUGGAUAUGCAUCAACAUGGCACCGGUCUCAACAGAGYCAAUCGGUACCACGGAUUCGGACGGCUGGCACUCGUCGUCUUGACGGUUCUUUGCGUUGCGAACUUGCCGCUGAGCGCUGCCGAGGAGACUGGAUUGGACGGCUUACUGGAUCCUGUCUUCAAUGAGAGUAACAAGGAAGUAGCGGCGACGUUCGACUGGGACGAUCUUGUUCCUGGACCGGAUUUGAAUUACACGGCUUGCUACGGUGGAUUCCAGUGUGCCAGAUUGGAGCUGCCCAUGGACCACUUGAAUCAGUCGGUCAAGGACAACAUCAGUCUUGCUGUGAUCAGACAGCCUGCCGCAAACAAUACCAACGUCACCUCGCCAAGGUACGGCGGCGCAAUUCUGUACAACCCCGGUGGCCCAGGAGAAUCUGGUAUCAGAUACAUCUCGUCGACUCCAACCGGCGAGGAAAUGAGCAGGAUUGCAGAUACGCAGGACAACGAUCUCGGAUUAUAUUUUGACAUCAUCUCCUUUGACCCAAGAGGAGUUGGACACAGCAGACCCCAGAUGAAUUGCCCGGAUUACGACCCAAAGUUCAAUGAGUCCAAAGACACCCUUCAGAACUUGUGGCAAGAUGCAAAGGAGCAGGGCGAAAAGUGCUCUUUGCCUCCGUCCGAUGGCCAGGCAGAUAUCAAGAGCUAUAUGACUUCACAUUGCGUGGCUCAGGAUGUGAUGGCGUUGGUGGAGGCUCACGGGCGGUGGCGUGAGCAGCAAGGCUUACAGCUGUUGGCCAAAGAUGGUAAACACGGUAUCGAAAAGGCCCCCGGGGAAUCCUGGAAGUAUCGCCCCGGUCUGGAAAAGCUGCAGUUCUGGGGCGUCUCCUAUGGAACCUUUCUGGGGGCAACCUUUGCCACAAUGUAUCCAAACAAGACGGAACGAAUGAUUGCAGAUGGGGUCGUGGACGCGGAUGAUUACAUCGAAGGUCUGGACUACCAUCGGCUUGACGACACCGAGAAGGCCAUGGACCAGUUCUAUUCAGAUUGCGCGCGAGUGGGCCUCAAGAACCAGGAAAAUUCAGUCGGGUGCGCCCUCGCGAACCGAACCGGCACAAGCACUGCAGAGGGCGUCAAAGCCAGGGUGCAGAAUAUUUUGUCCAGCGCUAAACGUAUGGUUACGCGCGAGAAACUUGACGAGAUUGAUGCAACGAUAUACGACGCGCUUCACAACUCGAUCGACGAAUUUCCAUCGCUCGCUAGCUUUCUGGCCGUUGUUGAAAAUGCGUUGACUUGUAAGGAGAAGGGAAACGACUUAUGUCAGCUCUUACCGAGCAAGUCAGAGGGUGUCAGUACCACGUGGACAUCAGCCGAUGGUCUCGUCCACGCGAAUAACGUACCGGCAAUGGGAAUUACAUGCACCGACGGCAAUGAUCGAAGCGGAGUGAGCGAGGCUGACUUUGAGGAACAUCUCAAGCAUCUCGAGGACCAAUCGUCUUACUUUGGGCGAACGCUCAUAAACAACAUCAACAUUUGCACGGGCUACAGCAUCCGUCCACGAUAUCGUUUCACUGGCCCGUGGGAAGGCAACACCAGCCAUCCUAUCCUGUUUGUCGGAAACACUGCUGACCCGACCACUCCUUUGAGGAACGCCAUCAAGAUGGCCAAGGGAUUCAAGGGCGCCGUGGUAUUGACUCAGAACUCCACUGGACAUGGCCUCAAGACCACAACCAGUAAUUGCACCGAGAAUCACAUUCGGAGUUACUUCCAACACGGCACAUUGCCGUCUCCUGGCGAGAUCUGCGAGGCCAGCGAACAUCCUUUCGAUAGAUCAUUGCAACAAUGGCCAAGUUUUGGCAUGCGACCUAUUGGUCGCUGA